GGGGAGAGGAGCCCGCUCCGGCGCCACACUCGAGGUUGCGAGUGCACACGCGUCAUGACGGUGGCGGCCGAGUCCGAGACGGGCAAGAUGGGCGGCGGGACCAAGGCGGCGCUGGUUCUGCUGGCCCUGUGGUCCGUCAUCUCUCUGGUGGUCAUCGUGGUGUGGUCCACGUCUCCGGACCUGAAGAGUUCGGCCCGGUGCCGCCAGGACCUGCGGGAGAGCCGCGAGAAGAUCCUGGGCGCCGAGGCGCUGUGGGCCCAAGACAGGGACGAGCUGGAGGAGCGGCUCGGGGUCGCCCGCGAGGGCCUCGAGCGCCGGGAGGCCGCGCUGGCCGCGCUGGCGGAGCGCCUGCGCCGCGCCAACCGGACCCUCGACGAGUGCCGCGCGCACCAGGCGGUCCUUAUGGCCAACAUCAGCACGCUGCAGGAGGAGGCGGAGCUCAUGCGGCAGACUCAGCUCAACUCGACCAAUCAGCUGAAGCGUCAAGAAGGCCACGUGGAGGCGCUGCAGCACAACUUGACUCAGAGCGGCCACGCGGCGGCGGCUUGCUCCAGCCUGAAGGCGGCCGCCGACAAUCGCGCCGCCGCCGCGCAGACUCAGACCCGCGCCUGUGAGGCUGACCAGGACUUCCUACGCAAACAGCUUGUGAAGUGUCAAGAAGCGCAGUCGGAAGCGGCGCCCCCUCCGCAGACCCACCGGAACCCGGCGGCUGCCGGGUCGAGAUCCGGCGGGCUCUCGGCUGCGCCCGCCAUCGUUCUGCUGGCGUUCUGCGCCCGCCUUCUCGUCACCUGAGGGGAACAUGACGAGGGGCAACGGCCACACAACAGCAAGCACUGAGGUCCGACAGGUGAUGGAGCCUGGAGGGACUAUGACUGCUGUACAAACGCACACACGCACACACACGCACGCACGCGCACACACGCACUGCUGUUUGAUAAGCUGCAGACACUUUGCUGUCACCAGAGGUCGUUGUUUAUUAGCCAAAUGCAAUACAUCAACCGCAUGCUAGUUAGCAUCCGAAAGACUCGAUGGGAACUGGACUUGCCGCGACCUGUACUGGACUCACUUGGCUCAUCUCAAGUUUCUUAACGGCGACGUUCGUAGUUCCUCGCUCCUCGAAACAUUGAAAGCGUCGUUCUCGUGCCGCCAAUUCAAUCCGAUAUAUGCGAAGACGUCAGCGCGCCGUAUCGGCCCGGCUCACCGACGUGGCGGCCGUGUCGGCGGGGGCGACGUUCCCGCCGUAGGCAAUGCACGGACAUUGAAAUUCAGUAAUAACUUUCUCCAUCGUUUUUAUGAGGGUUCCUUUUUUAUUUUGUCAACGCCAAAGUUUGCGCCACCUAAAAUAUUUCUACGGGUGAAAGGUGAGUUGCAGUCCCCCGUGCCUUUCUGUUUUCUUGUCGGCGGCACGGCAGACGAGCGGUUGGCGCGUCUGCCUCUGAGGACCGGGGUUCGAAUAUCGGGGAAACGGAAAUGACGGGAAACGGUUUAGCGCGAUAUCGCCGCAGUUCAGUACCGCGUUGUUCUCAGCCUUUGGCGGUUUUCAGCAUUUCUCUUCAAACGGGUUUCAUCCAUUUAGAAGCAAACGUCUGACCCGACGUUACCGUGCCCGAUGACGAUUAAAGUUCUUUUCAACUCUCCGUCCAUCCACGCGCGGAGGUUUCCCGCGAGAUCGACGUUCGGCCGCGCCGCCGAGACCGCGUCACGGAGCCGACUCGACCGAGACAAAAUGACGACUUGACGCUUGAAGUAGCGACGUGACGACAGGCCGCCAUCUUUGUGGGGGGGGGGAACGCGAACUGACCGAUUCUCCUGCUCUUCUCGCCAAUCAUCUUCCAUUGGCGUAUUUAAGGCAAGUUUGAAGCAUCACGCUGAUUUUCAUCGGUGGAUAUUUUACACUCAAAUUUCUCAGCCAAUGGAAGAAGGGCUUCGCCGAGUCGCAGACCAAUGGAAAGGGUCGAGCAGAUGUGUUGAGAAAGAAUGCAUUUGUACUGUUUCCCGUUUUUGGGGCCAGAUUUUCUACAGUUUUCUAGCACACAAAACCUUUCCCACACAACAAAACUUUCAAUUUCUCUGGAAGCCGUCGUCGGAUUUCCAAAAUUCUUGCGGCGCCAAUCGCACUGGGCGUUUUACAGCCUGCCAUUUCGGGGACCUCUCGUCACGCUGCGACUGACGGACGACAUAAGACGGCGAUUCCGAAGGUUCUCGAUGGCACGCGGGCGAGCGAGCGAGCGACGCGCUUUCCGAGAAGCUUUGCCGUGAAACGACCAUAGAAUGCUCUCUGCAUCAUUCUGACUGUGCGGCGGGUCAAGUAGGCGUCAUAUAGUGCCUCCGGUGGCCACGCUGAGUAUUACAUAAGCCUUCACUCAUGCGCGUGACUGUGGCUUUUUCUUUAGCUUGAGGAAUGUCAUCUUUCUAUGUUAUGUUAUCUUUUCAUUCAUUCACAAGAGAAGAACACAUCACGCUCUCCCAUCAUGCACCGGGCCCGAUGCUUUCAUCUCCGCCUUACGGUGCCCAAAGCGCUUUCCCGAUGCUCACCCAUGCCACGCCCACACGCAUACACCGACGGGCGGCAGCAAUUUAGGGUUCGGCGUCUCGCCCGAGGAGACUUCCACGGCGGACGGUCGGAUUGGAACCGUCGACUCUUCGCUCGCCGGACGACCGGUUCCGGCGACUGGGCCGCCGCAGCCGCCCGGGUCGUGAGCCGCUGAUGCAAAUGGAUGAUUAGCGAUAAGAACGUCCUAUCACAACGCGGACAUGAUGUGGGGAAAUAAAGAUGACGCAUGUUUAACA